UAAAAACGUGAAGCUGCCGUAAAUUUUAUUACCACAACGUGUUAUACUGUAUAUAUGAGCCACGACAAGCCUGGUCUGUGUUCAGUCCCAAUAUGGCAACCUUCACUGCCCUUGUUGUGCUCAUCGCGUGUGCGGCCGUUGAGGGGGCUAGUUCUGCUGCAGAGCAGCAGAUCCUGAAGGCGGGGAAUGCUAUUCCUGCCGUUCUUAACAAGCAGUGGACCGAUGCGUUGACAACCCAGAGGAAGCAGGUGGCUGAUCUGCAGGCCGCCGUCGUCAAGGGACAGUCCACUGAAGUCAAUGCAGCUAUCACUAAGGCCUUUGGUCAGCUCGGAACGUGGCUUGCUAAGUCGAACUCACUCGCCGACGCACUGAAAACGCGUCAGGGACAGGAGGUCACAAACCUUGUCAACAGGUACGCCAAAGUGCUCCGCACUCUGCAGACCUCGCCGGCUGCUGCUGUUGCAAACGAGAACCAGGUCGUUCAACUUCGCAAAGACAAGAUAGCGCUGUUGACCAACUGGGAAAAUCACGUUAUUGAGAUCAAUGCCGAGUACCGUCGUGGAUACCUGAAUGCAUUCCAGGCCGCCACCAAGCAAGCAGCAGCGGCCAAACCAGAAAUCCGCAAGGCCAUUCGGGCUGCCUUCGUACGCCUUCUUGGCGCAGCCGUCAAGGGGCAGGAGCAGAACAUCGCACUUCUCACAACAAAGCAGUUCCCUUUGAUUGAAAAUUUCGCACUUCUUGGCGGCCAGAUCCUGAUUGAGCUUGUUGUGGCGGGGCAAGGUGCUCAGAUAUAGGAACUGCCAGACAGCGUUUGGCCGAAAAAUGUGUGUUUUCACUAACUACUUGUCAUUGUUUUAUAAAUAAACUUUCUGCAGUGUA